CUUUCUCCCUCUUUUUCUCUCGGCUCUCUCUCUCUCUCUCUCUCUCUCUCUCUCUCUCUCUCUCUUUCGAGCUCCUUUUUCAACAUCGUGAAUACGAGGCGGGUUGAAUUGAUUCUUCUCCGAAUCGGUUUGUGGUUCGCCUUGCAUUCCGGCGAGGCUAGCUUCAUCUGGCAAUGGGCUUCCAGCGCCUGCGGGCCGAUCAGCAGAAGAUGGAAUCCAUCUCGAAAGCGAUGUGCAACGAGAGCGGAGAUUGGGUGGGCCUCUCCAAGUCAUUAAAUCCCCCUAACCUUGAGCUAACAAACGAAUGCGACGUUGCUACUCCUAUAGAUGACAAUGUGGAUUCCACCUAUGCUUCAUGGACGAUGAAACACCCAUCGGCGUUGACGAUGUUUGAUCGCAUGAUGAAUGAGGCGAAGGGCAAAAGGAUCGUCGUGUUUUUAGAUUACGACGGGACCCUCUCGCCGAUCGUGGCUGAUCCUGAUCAAGCUUUCAUGUCUGAUGCGAUGCGUUCAGCUGUACGUGCAGUUGCACGGUGUUUCCCAACGGCUAUCAUCAGCGGCAGGUGCCGCGACAAGGUGUACGAGUUUGUACAGUUAGACGACGUGUACUAUGCCGGAAGCCACGGGAUGGAUAUCAUGGGCCCACGUCAACCGCUAAAGAAUGGCGACGUCAAGUUUCAAACGAAAGCCGUGGAUAAAAAGGGGAGAGGAGAGGUUCCCUUCCAACCAGCACGCGAGUUCUUACCGAAGAUUAACGAGAUAUACAGAAUUUUGAAGGAGAAAACCACAGGAAUUAGUGGCGUCGUAGUAGAAGAUAACAAGUUCUGUCUGUCCGUCCAUUUUCGACAAGUCGACCAAGAGGAUUGGAGCACACUUGAAGAGGAAGUGAAGACAGUACUCAAAGACUACCCUGAAUUUUGCCUAAAAUGGGGUAGAAAGGUUAUGGAGAUACGCCCAUCUAUAAAAUGGGACAAAGGAAAUGCCCUGGAAUAUUUGCUGGAUACUCUAGGGUUUGGAAGCUCCACGGACGUUGCUCCUUUGUAUAUAGGAGAUGAUCUGACCGAUGAAGAUGCUUUCAAGGUACUUGAAAGUAGAGGACAAGGAUACCCUAUCAUAGUAUCCUCAAUCCCUAAGGACACCGUAGCUGCCUACUCCCUCAGGGACCCCUCCGAGGUCAUGUCAUUCCUUCUACGCCUUGCGAGAUGGAAGAGAAGCUCCUCUGGUAGCAGGCUCCUAUUAGCAGCCCAUUUGCCCGUGUAGAUAGAGGUAGGUCUGCAUAUAGAUUAAUAUAGAUGGAUGGAUACGUACAUUGGGAGUUGUUUGAUACUCUGUUAGCUUUUGGUGGUUCAUACACAUGCACGGAAAUUGCACACGUGAGCAUAUGCAACUCAACUUAAACCGUUCAAAUCAUGGGAUUUGCAGAUCCAUUGAAUGAUUUUGGGUAGUUUUUUGGUUUAUGGCGCAUCCGGAGUGUAGUGUUGCCUCAGUAUUUGGACGAUUUUGAUUGGGAUGUAUCUGUAGGCCACGGAUUCGGUUUCUGAGUGCAUGCAUAUGAACAGUCCUGUUCCGCCAGAGUAUCAAAUUUUCUCUUUGUACAUAGAAUUCCUAGAUAUUAGGGGAUGACAAAAGGGAGAGCCCUUCCGAGUUUUUUUUGGGGGUCUUGGCUCUCUCUUUGAACAACUUGCAAGUUUUUUUUUUUUUUUUUUAAUCAGUUUCCCGCAUAAUAUAUAGAUAUAGUUAGUUUUGAGUUUUAUCAUGGUAGAGAAAGGCCCACUUGUAAUUAAGGUUUUGAUCAUGGAUGAUGACUCUAUAUAGAUAAAUAUAUAUUAUUUAGAUUGUGGUA